UGUGCAGACGCGGGAAAAAUACGAAAUGGAGUGGGAAAAGUGGGAAUGUGGGAAUGAGAAGCAUGGAAAGGGAAGGAAUAAGUCGCGCAGCUUCGCAUUUCGCAUAUCGCGAAGACUACAGCACUAUGCUUACCUACGUAGCCUACCAAUAACAAAUAAAAUAACGUAGAUUAAAGGAAAUAACGUAUAUCGGAGAUCAUAAAAGAGUUUAACCUCCCUUAAAAUUGAAUGUCCAAAGGAGAAAUGGAUUCCUUAAUAGAUCGAAAUUUGUACGAUUUUAUUGGUGUAACAAAUACAGCCACGACCCAAGAAAUUAAAAAAGCAUAUCGCAAGAAAGCCUUGUCUUGUCAUCCCGACAAAAAUCCGAACAAUCCAAAAGCAAAAGAGUUAUUUCAUGAUUUAUCACGAGCAUUAGAAAUUCUUAUAGAUUCUUCUGCCCGGGCAGCUUACGACAAAGUUAUUAAUGCCAAGCAUCUGGCAACAUUACGGACUAAAGAGUUAGAUGCCAAACGCAGGAAAUUGAAAGAAGAUUUAGAAGCACGAGAAGAUGCCUAUAAACAAUCUUUAUAUUCAAAAUAUUCUACAAACAAUGACGAAUGUAAAUUACGGGCUGAAAUAGAAAGGCUUCGGAAGGAAGGAUCUAAGCAGGUGGAAGAGGAAAUAGCACUUAUGAAACAAAAAAUUGAACAAGAAUCGAAAAAUUUGCGGGAAUCUGUUGACGUUGACAGUGAUUCUUUCAAAAUUAAAAUUAAAUGGAAAACUAAUAAAAACACUUUGAACAAUAGUAUAUACAACUAUGAUACGUUGCAUAGAAUAUUUUCAAAGUACGGUGAUAUAGCAACUCUUAUCCUUUCAUCGUCAAGGGAAGGCAGAGCAUUAGUUGAAUACCGAAAUAGGAAUGAGGCUGAGAUGGCCUUGAACCUAGAAGUUGGUUUAAUGGAAAACCCACUGAAACUUCAGAAAUUGUGGGAUGUAGCAAAACAAUCGAAUUACAAAGAGAUUGGAUCGGUUGACGCCAUUAAUGAUUUUGCAGAAUCCAAGAUAAAUACAAGUAAAAUGUCCGAUGCAGAAUUUGAACGCACUGUGUUGAAUAAUCUUAGAAGAGCUGAGGAACAAAAAAGGCACAUAAAAACGUCAAUUUCGAAGGAAGCCACUUAAUAAAUAAAUUCGUAGGCAACGGUUAUACUGCUUUCCUAGAUUUAUUUAUUAUAUGUUUAAGAGUAUGUACCGAAGUGCUCAAAUUAUAAUAAAGAAUGUUAUUUAUA